UAAUUUGCGAUUUCAUUUAUUAAUGGUGGACGUGAGCUAUUUGACCAAAUAAAUGGUUAAAUGACAUCUACACAUGAAAAGGCCCAAUGGGCCUAGAACUGAAAACGAAUCCGGAAUGGCAAUGAGGCCCAAUAAAAAGAAAGCCCAACAACUUGAAAUCGGAUUCAUCUGCUUCGGAGAAAUCGAAAGAGCGCAAACAGAUCUAUUACCAGAAGAACCCUAAACCUUUGCGAGUCGAACAGUGACGGGAGCUAAACAUGAAUUCUCUCCUUCGCGCUUCGUCUGUUUCUUCUUUGGUUCGUGGAUGUGGCGGGAUCAAUUGCUUCUCGCGAUUUUCCUCUCAGUCUAAUGGAUUCUUUGGGAGGAGCUGGAAGCAAGAAACAUCAUUUCCCAGGGCAUCGGGAGAAAUUUCGGGAGAAGGAAGCAGACAUUCGGCUACUAAUGCUCCGAGCUUCCAGAAUUUCACUCGUUCUGCAGUUUUUCAGGAGAACAGAGGAUGGUGGAACUCGAAAUCCAUGGAAACCGUGAAAGGAAUACUAGAGGAUGAAGGGAGUAGAAGACCAAUCGGGGGCUCCUCCUUUUAUCGUCCAAAUGCCGAAACAAAUGCAGAGGUUGUCCACAUCAAAAUGUUGCGUAACAACACCUUUGUUACCGUGACGGAUUCAAAGGGAAACGUCAAAUGCAGGGGCUCAUCAGGCUGUUUGCCCGAGCUAAAGGGCGGACCGAAGCUAUCAAGAUAUGCAGCCGAGGCAACUGCUGAACACAUCGGAAGAAAAGCAAGGACAAUGGGUCUGAAAUCGGUGGUCGUUAAGGUUAAUGGCUUCAUCCAUUUCAGGAAAAAGAGGCAAGCCAUUGUUGCGUUCAAAGAAGGUUUCAACAGUUCCAGGUCGGACCAGAACCCCAUUGUUUACAUCGAGGACACGACUAGACGUGCUCAUAACGGAUGCAGAUUGCCAAGGAAACGUCGGAUUUGAGAAUUUUCUCGAGAGGUUUGAUCUUCUUUUUUAUGACAGAACUCGGGUUCUCUUCCCAUGUUGUAGGAGUGCUGUAGAUUUCCUUUGUCUGAAAUUUGCUCACUUCUUUUAGAGUGUUUUUAUUCAAACAUAAUACGUUCAUUCCAAUAAUAAGACAGAUAUAGGAACU